CGUGCCGAGUUAUUGGAUGCGUGUUGUUGCUAGGGGCGUGAGUUGCGUCGUGCAACUGAGUCCUCCCCAAACCUUUGAAGAAAGAAAGCAAGAGAAUAGGAGGAUGAACUCGGGAAGACGAGGGUGGCAACAUCAGCUGGUCCAGAGAUGCGCGGACAGCUGCCUGAUCCGACCUGUGCCGCAGUGAGCAUAAUCUCAUAAGCGCUUCUCUCCAUCCGCUACUCUGCUGCAGGACGGCUGUGAAGGGAGAGAGGGGGGUGAAGGGGUAGUGCGUGCGGAUUGUUUUCCUGAGAAUUAGGCUCAGCUCUCACUUGUCGGAGCAGAAUCGCGUCAGCCGUUGAUCUCAGUGAGUCAGAGUGCGGGAUGGGGAGAGGGAGGACAGACCGCUGCGCACAUUCUCUGUCCCGUGAUGUGUCUUCGGAGCGGCUGGUGCGUGGCACAGUUUCCACAUCCUGCUCUAUAGGCCGGGGAGGAUUUGCUUGAGGAACGUAUUUUAUUUGCAGCGGGAAUCUGAUGCAAGGUGGAUGAAGGGGAUUCAGUGAGCUCCGGCCGGCGACGACAUCAGGCUGAAGUGUUGCAGUGAGGUGGUUCGGGCUUGAGGUGGCGUGGAGCAAUGCGUGCAUCCUCCGACCUGGACGCCUUCGGGAGAACGAGCUACGUCCUGAACAAAUUCAAGACAUUAGGCCACUCAUCCUGAGCUGCGCUGGCCAACUGCGUCACUGCAAGUGCAGGUAGGCUGCAAACUCCCCUACGUAGUCGGGAGAGGAGCAUGCUCCCCAGCCCUUCCUGCACCAUGUCGCCGGUUGGUGUCUUGACAAUCUAAGGGGGGAUGAAUUCAGCUGACAUUCCCAGCAAAGAUCCGCCGCUGGGAUCCACGUUUUCCUCAGCUCCUAACCUGGACUCGGACAUUAACGCGAACGCGUGCAGGCAUGUGUAUGAGAAUGGGAUGGACCACAAUGUCAACAUCCAGAACGCAGCGCUCCGCGGGGCCAGCGACCCCAGCUCCUACCCCUCCACGGAGUACCAGGGGUUGGGCCGCCGCAGGUUCAUCCGCCGGAGUCUGUGGGUGUCGGACCACGACGAGCAGCCGCUGGAUACAUCGGAUCUCGUCAGCAGCAGCCCGGUGCCCAACAUCGACCUGCGGACUAUAGUGGAUCGGAGUCGGACCCGGGCUCUGCUUCCAGAGACCUCUAGCACGGAGAGCCAGGUGGCGCUGAAGGACAGCGCCACGGAAAGCGUGAGCGCCGACGAGGAGCGUGGGGACAGGUUGGAGACGGGGCCCAAAGCGGACCCGGGUCCAUCAGAUGUUACAAGUAAAGCGGGCAGCGACGAGAACGAAGAGGAGCCCGGGAUGAAGGCUGUGUCCACCUCCCCCGGAGGACGCUUUCUGAAGUUUGACAUUGAGUUGGGGAGAGGAUCUUUCAAGACCGUCUACAAAGGUUUGGACACGGACACCUGGGUGGAGGUGGCCUGGUGUGAACUGCAGGAAAGGAAACUAUCCAAAGCAGAGAGGCAGCGGUUCAAAGAGGAGGCAGAGAUGCUGAAGGCCCUGCAGCAUCCCAACAUCGUGCGAUUUUAUGACUUCUGGGAGUCACCAGUAAAAGGGAAGAAGUGCAUCGUCCUUGUGACAGAGCUAAUGACAUCAGGAACUCUGAAAACGUAUCUAAAGCGCUUCAAGGUUAUGAAGCCCAAAGUCCUGAGAAGGUGGUGUCGGCAGAUUCUCAAAGGCCUCCAUUUCCUCCACACAAGGACACCUCCCAUCAUCCACAGAGACCUCAAGUGUGACAACAUUUUCAUCACUGGUCCAACUGGCUCUGUCAAAAUAGGAGAUCUUGGAUUAGCAACACUGAAGAGGGCCUCUUUUGCCAAAAGUGUUAUUGGUACUCCAGAGUUUAUGGCUCCAGAGAUGUAUGAGGAGCACUAUGACGAAGCUGUGGAUGUCUAUGCUUUUGGGAUGUGUAUGCUGGAGAUGGCCACCUCGGAGUACCCUUACUCUGAGUGUCAGAAUGCUGCUCAGAUCUAUCGCAAAGUCACAAGUGGGGUGAAGCCUGCCAGCUACGGCAAAGUCAGUGACCCAGAAAUAAAGGAAAUUAUUGGGGAGUGUAUCUGCCACAGAUGGGAGGAACGGUACUCCAUCAAGGACCUCCUGAACCAUGCAUAUUUUGCUGAAGACACAGGAGUUAGGGUUGAGCUAAAUGAGGAGGACGAUGGAAAAAAAUCAACCAUUGCUUUAAAGCUGUGGGUUGAAGAUCCUAAAAAGUUAAAGGGAAAAUAUAAGGACACUGGUGCUAUUGAGUUUACCUUCGACUUGGAGAAAGAAGUUCCAGAAGUAGUUGCACAAGAAAUGGUGGAAUCAGGAUUUUUCUUGGAAUGUGAUGUAAAGAUAGUUGGUAAAUCUAUCAGAGAUCGUGUGGCUCUAAUAAAAUGGAGAAGGGCAAGGACUGGCUCACCAAAUGGAAACAGUGAAGUGAAGAAGAUGCAGCAGAACCUUCUGCAGGUCCCUGGUACUGGUCCACCUGAGGAAACCACAUUCACCACUGCAGAUUGUGAGGACCAAGAGACUCUGAUCUGCACUGUUCCUGUUAUCACACCUGCCACAUCUGACAGCGGAGUGAACUCCAACGUGCAAUUAGACGUUCUGAGCAAUCAGCAGAACGGUCCCUACCAGUCACUUCCAGAACCCAUUUCUACUGCACAGAUGCUCUACAGUCCUCCUUCACAACCUGACUCCCAGCUGCACCAAGGAUCCUACCAGCAAUCUGCAGGACAGACCUCGCAUGAAAACAACAAGCAGUCAGCCACACAGCCACACCAAGGAGCCUACCAGCAACCCACAGCAGAUCAGCUGCAUCCUGGGACCUUCCAACAGCCUGCGGCACAACUGCACCACGGGCCUUUUCAGUGUCAGACACGCCACUACAGUGAUCCUUUUGUAUGUCACAAGAACCCACUCGCCACUGAAAGCACAGCGUGUCUUAGGCGUGGCAGUGCCCCCACAGUAGAGAUGCUACACUGCAGGAUGCACUCCCUCUCCCAGAUAAAGAACCAAAGUGUUUUGCAAGAUCUCUCCUCUUCUGACAGUUCACAGAGUUCACUGCGUUCUGCAGAUUACUUAUUCUCAAACGAUGCCCAUAACAGGGAUAACAAUCCCUCAUUAUUAUUAUCUCCUUUCUUGCCUCCGCAUCAGCUUUCUCUCCGUGACUCAGCAAGUUAUUCAAAUUCACCUCACCCUCCCCUGAUUUUACAACCUCCCUCAGCACACCGUCUUAGCGUGCCACGCAGCCCACAGCGUCACCGGCCUCAGUGCAAAGCUUGCAUGUCUCUCCUCUUUAAAGACAAGAUGGAAGGAGGCGGGUCGCACAGAUGCACUUCUAGCACCUCCAAUUUAGACGCAUCUACCUCUGUUUAUUUGUUAAAGUCUUCACAGGCCACUUUACCUCAUGUGUUGGGCUCACCUGCUGAACCAUCACCAAACACCAAGCCAAGCAAGGCUGCCUCACCUUCACACCACUCCACAUCCCCAUCAGUCGUGUUUUCACGAGGUUUAUAUGAAGGUGGAGAACUCCGCCUUCUCAACUACUGUCUCCAUCACAUUGUCAGUCGCAGAACCAGCUCUCCCACCCUCCCUGAAAGAGGAGGUGUGAAUCACCCACUCCACAGCCACAUCGAGGACACCAAGUACUCUGUAACUGAACAUAAAGCGAAAAGUCAGAGCCUGGAAGCCCCUCUCUCCCGAACCCCAAACUUUGAUGAGAACUUGGUGCUGUCAUCACUUUGCAGCAAAGGCAGAGCAGAUCACAUGACGGUUUCUGCUCCAGCUACUCCAGUGCCCCCUGUGCAGCAGAGCAGACAGACAUCCCAGAGUUUCCCAGCUGCAACUCCGACUCUGCAGACGCAUCUUACUGUCCAGUCCACCCAGGAGCAGUGUCAUCUCCAGCCAGCUGCUGUCCUGUCUCAGUUGUUUUCUGCUGAUCAGCCGUCGUCACAGCUGAGUCCUCCGGAUUCUGCUGGCAGGUUUCCGCUCUGCAGUGCUCCUACUGUCCUGCCCCUGCCCAUCAGCACACAGUUUUCCUCUCCAUAUCCUGUCGUUCACAUGCCCGCUCCCUUUUCCCCAGCUUCUCUGCCGUCCACCUUCAGCAGCAGCGACGCUGCUAUGUCUACCUCUUACUACUCACCUUCACCUCUCCUUCCCCCUCUGCCUCUCACGCCCCACACAGCUCUGACAUCUAUACCGUCUCUUGGGACUCCUCAGACUCCCAUGUCCACGCCUCAAAAUGUCCCUAGUUUGUCUCUGCCUUUUCCUCACUUGGGAAUGGCCAAGUCCCCUGUGGUGCCACAGCAGCAGGCUGGCCCACACACAUCUCAGCAGCACGCCAGUAGCCUCCAUUCCACCCAUCCCUUACCUUUCUCCCAGGUACAACCCACCCCAUUCCCUGCCCCCCACCCUGAGCAGGAACUGGCUGACCAGCCUGUCCAGGUGGCUGCUCCCCAUAGGACUCUGAUAGAUGUUCAGCAUUUGGAAACAGCUCCGCCUGUCUUGCCCACUGGACAGACUCCCAUAUGGGGAAGCAGAAUGGACACAGGAUCUCCUGCAGCUGCAGCGACUCCAGUCCCUGCUCCAGCCUCAGUUUCCGUCUCGACUAUGGUUCAGUUUGAAGCCCAAGCCCUGGUGCAAACGCCGCCUCCAGCUCCAGGGUCAGCUCAGGCUGCAGGAGCACCUCAGACUCCGACACAAGCUCAAAAAACACUGCAGUCUGUGGCCUCAGGUCAACUUCAGGCACCAAUAUCUGCGUCGACUUUCACCGUCGAGCUCACAAUGGUCUCCUCUGUGAGCUCAGCUGCAACGCAGAUCUCCACGCCAGGUUUGGUCUCAGACUCAGCUCCUGUCAGUCUGUCAGCGCCGAGUCAGGCUGCUGCUGCUGGAGUUUCAGUUCUGCAGCCCACUGGCGUCCACACAACAGUCCCAGUGUCUGAGUCUGGCAGCCUGGCUCAGCACAGCGUGGAGGCAACAUCUCUCCCUGGAAGCUUUCAGCAGGAGAUCUGCGCAGAGGAUGUUCUUCGUGACAGAGCGAUAUCUCUAUCCAGUUACACCUACGACAGCGUUAACUCUGACGUAGCCUCGGGUCGGGAAACAAGCGAUGGCUAUGAAAGCUUAGCAAGUGGGAGCAAAGGUGACUCAAAACCCAGGAAGCAUCAUCGCAAGUCUGCUCGCACACGUUCCAGGCAGGAGAGGACCAGCAAACCCAAACUGAGCAUGCUCAAUGUUUGCAACACUGGUGACAAAAUGGUUGAAUGUCAGCUGGAGACUCACAACCACAAAAUGGUAACAUUUAAGUUUGACCUGGACGGAGACGCUCCGGAGGAAAUUGCCACCUAUAUGGUGGAGAACGGUUUCAUUUUGCUGUUAGAGAAGGAGAUCUUCAUUGAUCAGCUGAAAGACAUUGUGGACAAAGCAGAAGACAUGCUGCAUGAAGACAUGGGGGAUGAAAAAGACACAACUUUGAGUUGCAGUCCUCUGCAGGGCCAGAUGUCUGAGGCCAGAGAGAGUCAGCAGUCAGGCGCACCGCAGCCUGUAUAUCAGCAGAAUGUUCUUCACACAGGGAAGAGAUGGUUCAUCAUUUGCCCAGUGGAGGAGACGCCUCCCUGCGUUCAGGACACUCCGUCUGAGGGGACAGCGACGCAGUCACCUGGGAGCUCAGCCAACACCCAGCCUGCUGACAGCACCACUGCAAAGCCGUCCACAUCCAGAGAAGAGGGUUCAUCCUCCACAAUGUCUGGUGGAAGUGGAGGGUUCGCUCAUGAAGUUUAUGGUUUCUACAGCCCUCCAAUAACAUCCAACACUGACCCACUCCUCUUGGCCACCCUGUCGCCCCCUGUGUCUGCCCCCGCCACGCUCCAGUCAGUGUCUGCAAUGGAGCCUGCAGGCAGUUCUCUGCAGCCCAGCUUGCAUGGAGCCAACCCAGCCAAGGCUCAAACGUUUCCCCCAUCGUUGCUCCACACUUCUUACCCAGUGGAGGACCCACAGGAAUCUCCUCUUGGAUCGCUCUCCCCUACCCACGGAGCUCAGAAGGCCCUCGAUUUGACCCACUCAGUGUCCAUUGUUGAUGAGGUGCCCUGCUGUCCACUCGUCAUGCCCCUGUCCUUAGAUGUGAACCCUCCCCAGGGCAGGUCACCUCUGACCCCUCUCCCCCUCCUGGAGCUGGGUGCCACCAAAGAGUCGACAUCUGUCUCCUAUGCUCCUACAGCGCGCAGCGAGUUGCCACAGCAGCCAGUGAUCCUCCACCAGCCUUUCUCCAACGUGGGAGGCUCUAAAGUGUCCUCGCUGCCCCAGAGCCCGGCACCAUCCCAGCACGGCGUGGGGCCAAGCGAAUCUGAUGGCGAAGGACGGGUCGGUCGGGGAGGUUUCGUCGAUAGCACCAUUAAAACUCUGGAUGAAAAACUGAGGAACCUGCUCUACCAGGAAUAUGCUCCCAUGUAUCCAUCAGGCACCGCGGCAGAGACACCGGGAUCUGGGACAGAGUACAUCCAGUUUCCUCCGGGCCCGGACAGCGCCACUGGAGGGUCAGGAAACAGCACCCCGGGGCCGAUAGGGGAGGGACGCUACCGGGCAGGAGAGCAACUUCCUCAAAUUCCUGAGAGAAUGGACAGCCUGAGCACUCUGAGCGACUCCGCCGUUUGUGCUUCUUUGUCAAGAAGACACGUUCCUCACUCUGUGUCCUGCUCUGGAACUAGAGGUCGAUUCAAGAUCAUCUCUGUUCCUCCUGAAGUGGCCAACAGAAGAGAUGUGAAGCAGAGGAGCUGGAGCAGCGCUGCCUCCCCUGCACACCCUGGUGGAUACAACGGGGACCCGGUUCCACCUGAAGCCUUGGCUACCUCCACCACCAUCGGACGUUUCUCUGUGGUGAGCACAGAAGAUGACAUCACUCAGAGGACGCGGUGCAGCCGCUACUCUGCCCCGCCCGACUUCUACCUGGACACUCCACCUCCCAUGGACUCAGGAGCAGAGAGCAGCCCUGCUAAGCUGGCUCCUGCCACUCCGUCCCAGUACGCUCGCUCUGAGCGCAGAGGAAGUGACCUCAUGAAAAGAGCAGUGGCUUUUCUCCGUCGUACUGGCCGCAGCAGCAGCGUGCAGAGCUCUGAUUCCCCGAGCAGACAUGGAGGCUUGCCUGGCUCGGCCUACGCCAGCAGUGACAAUGACUCCGAGAUGGAGGACUCAGACAUAAAGAGAGAACUGCAGAGACUCAGAGAGAAACAUCUGAAGGAAAUCUCAGAGCUGCAAGCACAUCAACGGGGAGAGGUAGAGCUGCUCUAUCGCAGACUUGGUAAGGUUCCCCCUCCUGGCCUCGGCCUCCUGCAUGUUGCUCCGCAUACAAGCCGCAGGAAGAGAUCCAGCAAACACAGACUGAAGCCCGGGAAACUUCUCAGCCCCCUAGUUCAGCAAUUUAGGCAUGUCAAAACCAAAAGCAGCGACUCCACUAAACCAGGUGCUGCUCCAGGUCCCAGUGAGCCAGCAGUGAGUUUAAAUGGUUCUCCAGGCAGAACUUCCUUCCCAACCCACGGUAGGCCACGGUCAUGUACCAGCCACCUUCCCAGCUCGGCUUCAGAGCCGGUGCAGACUCAGCAGCCCUGCUCCCUGAAAGGCUCUAUGUCCUCCGAUAACAUCUACGCUGGACUACAAGGAGAUGUUGUUGGCACACAAGCUCAACCUGAACAGGGCUGGUCUAAUUACCCUCAACCAUCUGACAGAGUGACCUAUAAGUCCAGUAGCAAACCACGAGCUAGAUUUCUCAGUGGGCCUGUGUCUUUGUCUAUCUGGUCAACACUCAAAAGGCUGUGUCUCGGUAAAGAGCGAGGCAGCAGGUCUGGGGCUUCAGCAUCUGGAGCCUUUAAUCAGCCACAGCAAAUGCACAGUGCUACGCCUCCGCCCCAGCAGCCUGUUGUUGGCUUGGCCCAAGCUCAGGCCAACAACAGCAAUAACAAGACAGGCACAUCUAUGAGUCCCAGUGAAAACAACCUGCCUGAAGACUUGCAGGUUCUAAUGGACGACUGGGCCCAGGAGUUUCUCAUUGUGACCCACCGACCUCGAACCGACUCUCUGAAUAUCCAUGGGCAGCAGCUGUGCCCCCAGGUUGUGCCUCAAACACUUGAACAGCCGCCUCAGGCUAUAAAUACAUCACCGUGGACUCCACCCGGUGCAGAGGCUUGCGCUUUAUCCUGGCCUGAAAGCCCUGGGCCUGCAGUGAUGGCUGGCCCCUCGACCGGACCCUUUCACACGUAUCAGCUACACUCUCCUGCUGCGUUCACAGCUUUACCUUCCCCUCUUUCCUACAAUCAGUGGCCUGGGUUUUUCUUUCCAGUUUCUGCCGGGGUCUUUGCCUUUCCUGCUGUGCCCUCCACCCUCUCCAGCCCGACUUCAUCUUCAUCUCAUCAGCUGACUGACCCCAAGGCAAAGACUCUCUAAUCUGGGUAGCAUUGUGUCUUCCAACUCUGUUACCAAAACCUUAACUUAUAUUACAGCUGCUGUAGUCAAUAUAAUGUGCAUAGAGUGUAUAUAUUUAACCAGCAUGUGUUUAAUAAUAUGUAUAUAUCCAUCUCCACUCUUCAGUUUUGUGUUGUUUUAUUUCAGUCAACAAAUGUCAUGUUCAUAAUAUAGUAAAGAUUAUUUUACAUGCAGUUUAUCGUUAGAAUUAAAAUUAGCCAGAUCAGCCUUGAAGUGCAGACAUCUGUCUGUGUUUAUUGAUGCACAUUAAUACUCACAGAAUGUACAUAAUGUACUGUUCAUUCAUUUUGUACUUAGAAAUAGAAAUUGUGUUGCUCAUUUCACCCCCAUAUAUUUAUACAUACAAGCUGCCAUGUGUAAAUAUGAAUUUUUGUUUGUCUGUACACAGCCUAUGUGUUUGUACAAUUAACAGAGGGUGAUCCAUAGUUUGGUGCUGCAGCUAUGGGUUUCAUUGCAGCACCUUAUAGGAACCAUUAUGCCAUCACUGUGAAGACUUGACCUUGUGGUCACUAGGACCUGUUGCUUUACUCUGCUUUCUCAGCUCGUUGUGUCGACACGUUUCAUUCUUCAUCAGUGAAACACUUCCAGCACAAGCGCUUGCAAUAUCCUUAAGAGAUUUGAAUGAGCUUGAACUUUAUCCUCAGGUGCAAACACACCUGUGAGAGUGCCUUGAACUGCAAUUUCAGUUUUCAACAGAAAAGCAUUUAGAUCGACAGCAGAAACUACACUUAAUUAAUCCAUUCGCUGCUGUGUAUCUGUAAAAAGGUUGCAAAAGGAAGCAGUCUGAUCGAUAUCUCCAAAUAUUUCCGAAUCUCGCUUCCUUCCGCUCUCCCAGCAGGACACCAAAGUAUUCACCAAGCAUUGAAGGUAGAAUCAUGGAGCCACAUAUCUUCCCUGCAGGCUUCCAGAGCAUCUGUACUCAAUCUACUCAAACCACUCCUGUCAGUGUAGAAGAGCAGCAAACAAAGAUCCUUUUCAUUCAUUUUGGUGGCUUGUAUAUGGGAACUUAUUCAGCUGGUCACUCCUUGCAUCUUCUCCAAAUAAGGAAGCAACUCUUAGUCUCAAGAAAUGUUGUCCAAAUGACACUGUGGUCUCAAACCUUGGGGUCCUACUUUUUAUUUUGGUGUGUUAGACUUGUUUUUUUUGUUUGUUUACUUUUUGAGGAAUUAUCACAUCAUCAGCAAAAUUAUCAAGAAUUCAGGUUAAAUGGAAAUGCUCCUUUAUUUUUUUAAUAAUACAUAUCAUUAUAAUCCCAACCGCAGUCCAUGGACCCACAGUUCUAAACCCUCUCUGGUUAAUACAUGACGUUACAUCAGAUUGGUCUAUGUGAAAAGAAAAACCUUUACAAGUUUUCUGCUACUCUGCACAUGGAGGUAAAAAUACACAAAAAUGAACAUUAUGUUAGUUUAGUUAGUAUGUAAGGAUAGGCUGGGGAUUAAGGUUACGUUUAGUUGUGUAGAUAGAAAGCAAAGAAGAACCAGAAACAGACUGAGAGUAGCAGGGUUGCAGAAUGUCAGCACCACUUCUGCAGCUGGAAACGUUUUUAAAAUUUAGUUCAUAAAGAUUUUAUGAACUAAAUUUGCACCCAUUCUUGCUGAAUGGGUGCAAGUCCUGCACCCAUUACAGCUGUCCUGGUUUCUUCUGUGAACAACAUAAAUCAAACAUCCACUACUAGAUAUGGAAGUUGAAAGACUCAUAACAAAACCCUGAUGAAGACGCACUAUGUACACUACAUUACUCAGGACACUUGAAGUAUCAGAACUAGGUGAGUAAAGGUAGGUGCUUGUUCAAGCAUUUUUUUAGUGUUCAUCAUCCAGUACUUCAGUCACGCUGUUCUUCCUUAGCCAGUGUGCCACUUUGGCCUCUCAAAAUGUUUGUAUUCAUGCUUGGACAAAGUUCAACCAAGACAGUGAAACAAAGGAGACAACUUGUUAAACUCCUCCAUACAGAUCUACCACUCUAGAGAUUCUCAGCUGCUUCAGCCCACAAAUCUGGUCAGUCCUGAAAAAGUCACAAGCCCGAGAUUAUUAACAGAAUGCAUUUUAGGCAAACUGAGAAGAUUAUCUCUGAACAUGUCCAACAGCAAGAACAGCCUUCAGUUCUUGCUGAACAUCUGUUUCAUUUGGGUUCAGUUUUUGGUAGCUGGACUCCAUAUGGCCUGAGAACUGAUGACACAGUAUGAAGCAGAUAAAAUAAACCUCAAACACAAAAAUGUUUUUCUCAGCAAACAUGUUUUUAAUAUUUAUAUUAACAUGUAAUUCACCCUACAUGUCAGUCAACCCAAGUAAAACUUGCAUGGCAGUACUCUUUUGCUUUUGGACAACUAUUUUUUUGAAUCAGUCAGAAAUCUUCCUAGAGAAAAGUGGCUGUUGAUUGUUUAUGAUGAAGUUAUUUUCUUUUCACUUCUGUAUUAUGGCUGCAGAUGCCAUCACUGUAUCAUUCAGAAAGUUUGAGAUGCAGCAAUUUAUUUUUGAUUACUUGACAUAUUAUCAUGUAAACGGACUAUUAGAGAUGUUGACAUGUUUGAUACAUAUUUCACCCACUAUCAGUAAUCAUUAAUUUAAGUGGUGUCCAUGGAGAUCACCUGAGUUUACGUCGGGUCUUUUUAAACUCAAAAUGUUUAACUAGAUAAGUCCAAACCCGUCAUUUGAUUAGAUUAUAAAGAGAAGCCACUUGGUGAAAUGAUAAAAAGCCUGGUUAGAUUGGUUCCACCGACAAGCCACUGCUUGUUGCCUUUCACAUACGGUGAGUCCCAACAAAUCAACUUUACAACAAAUCAGCUGCCACAUCUCCACAGUCUGCUUGAAUUUACUGAAAUGCUAAAUGCUGGUGACAAAACCACAUUACAAAGAGGACAAAGGACUUAAUACAUAAAUAAAAAAACCAUCGUCAUUAUCAUCAUAUGCCUCUUCUCUUGCAAUCUGUAGCUUUACAUACUGUUGCCUUCCUGAACUUGGAGAGAAUAUUGCGUGGAUAUUUUCAGAUUAUUUCUAUUAUUUUCUGAUUAUUUCUAUUAUUUUCGUAGAAAAACAGAAUAAAGAAUGUGACGACUAAGAUUACUUCAAAGUCACCAGUGCUUGAACAUGUAAGUUAUAAAAAUAUUUAGGAGUAACGUUUAUUCGUUUCUUGUUAUUCUUCAGACCUUUGCUCACAAUUUCAGUCCUCCAGGUUAUGACCUCAAAAAUAUUUUCCCCUUUCUGUAAUGAAAUGUUUGGCAUAAACCGUUCAAUCUUCUCUUUGAUCAGUUUCCAUUUUGGUUUGGUGAGGAUAGAAGCUAAUUAACGUUCCUUACAUUGAUUAAACACAGACCCCAGACACACUCUUGAUAGUUCAAUUGUAAUUUCAUCAGUGUUUAUGCCUCCCCCUAAAAUAAAUUACACAAUUCCUGGUGAGCGGCAUAACAGUAUUUCUUAGCUUUUGGGCUCCAAAGCAGAGAUUCUUGAAUGUUUAUUUUUUAUUUGUUGGGGCUGGGUGGGUCUCCUAUGCAGUCUUUCUUUUGUGCUUUACUGACCCUUGUGUCUUUAAUCUCUUUAAUGCUUGCAUUUAAAUCUAGGUGUAUUAUUGCUAUUUCCUGCUGUCACCACUUGUCCCAACUCUCUACCAACCUGGUUAAAUUAGUAUUCUAAAAAAAAAGAUGUACAUACUUGAAAAAGUCAACAAUAAAUUUUUUCUUGACAGCACAA